AUGAUUACUGAAAGUAUUUGUGAAUGGUUACUCAGUCAUAGCUCAGUCAUUGAAAAUACCGAAGUCACUCUAAAUGAUUUUUGCAGAGUUGACUCAGUGACUCUAACAGCUGAUACUACUAGAGAAAUAAAUAAUAAUGAUAACAAUGAUAUUGAUAAAAUGAUGAUGCAGAAGUAG